UUCAGUCUAUUCCUAAAUUCUGUGAUGAACGGAUACUUAACUGAACCGUAUUGUCGUGUCUGUUGACUAUGGAAAAUUCGGAAGAACCUAAAACCGACGUUGAGGCAGAGCCAGCGAAACCAACCCUAAUUGAAAGAUUGAAGGCAAAGCGAUGGACUUUUAAAGUGAAAAAUAACUUAACGCAAUAUGUAACCGUGGAGCCGCUCAUUUGUUUCUACAUGUUUCAAAUAUUUCUGCUAUCAUUAAUUGAACCGUAUCUUUUCCAUAAGGCGUGCCUUAGUCUUCCUGAUGAGAAUGCAUACUUUUGCGAUGUGAUCACCAUCAGUCAAAAUGAGUUUGAGCCAUGUGCAUCCUUCUAUCGCCUUAAAGUUUAUUGCAAAGGGUUCGGUAACGAUACGGCAGAAGUAGACUGUGAAGAUAUCAUCGACAUGUAUGAGGACAACGCAACAGCAGUAUUUGUGAAACCGGAAGAUUACAGGUUUUGUCAAAUUAUCGGAAACACUACAACCAAUGCAUACACUGGUAUUGAGUCGCUGGUUGGUACAUCAGCUUACGUAAUGCAGUUCCUCGUCGUUAUGAUUGUAUCAAUAUGGAGCGACAAAUACAGCAAGCGAAAGAUUUGCCUCAUACUGCCAAUUCUCGGCCAACUUAUAAUUAGCAUCCUUAAUUUGCAUGGUGCCCUAAGUAAUGCAUUAUCUUUUGAACUGAUCAAUAAUGCCACAAGAUAUAUUGAAUCGCUGUCGGGCGGAUUGUCUUUGUUUUUAUUCGGCUGUUUUAGUUACAUGACUAACGAUGCGAUUCGACAAAAGUUGUUGUUUAGAUUUGGAAUUAUAAGUAGUGUUCUGACAGUCUACCGUUACAUCCCCUAUGUAUACGACACCGUGUACCAAUACUAUCAUAAUCAGGAUUCCUACAUAAUUCUCAUUUCAUUAAAUUUAACGCUCAACAUCGUGUGCUUAUUUUAUGUGAAAGUUAUUCUAAAUGAAUCCAAGGAUAAGGUUAUGAACGAAUCGGACAACGAAUCAAUUUUGGCAUCAGUAAAUAAUGACCCUGCACCCAGCAUCAGUAAUGGUAAAGGCAGUACAACUCGAAAAACUAAAAGAAAAAAAUUGGCGAAAGCUUUUUCCUUAGAUGUUAUAUGGGAUUACAUUUUGAUAGUGUUCAAGAAACGUUUUCACACUGGUCGACUUAUAAUCAUCCUUUUCCUUGGAAUCGUAUUCAUAGGCAAUACAUCCAUAUAUGAUGAACGGUUUAAGUUGACUAUUCCUUGGUUUUCAUUUGAUGUUAUCGACGUCGAUGGUGUUAUUUUCUUAAUUAUUUCCUUAAAUAUGUUGCUAUCCAAAAUAUCGGACGUUACCAUUGCUAUACUCGUAAUAGGAAUUCCGACACUCGCGAGACUACUUAUGGUAAUUUUGAACAUGAUGUUCGAUAGCAUUGAUAUAGAUGUAUCGGAUACGUCUGGUACCGACUUUUACACUCCAUUCAAACGAAUCGCUUCUUGUUCGCUGUUGCUUGCGUAUGUCGACAAAAACGAAACUCGAAUUUUCCUUAUUGUUCAAGCAACUGCAUAUUUAGCGAAAGUUGGGUUUCAGUUUGUAUAUUAUCAAAAUAAUCCAAGAUAUAUUGAUUUUAUUAUUGAGAUGUGGAUGAUUUUUGGAAUGCCAGUGCUACAGUUUAUUGGUUUGGGGGUUCUAUACAAAAUCGGUAAAAAUUAUGCAAAAUUUGCAUCAGAGCACCUGCCCACAAAGAAGACUACAGAAGACAUUACAAGAAAUCCAUGGAGUUUUAUUCAACCGGUUAAUUUUGAAAUUAAAAAUGGGACCGACAAGGAACAGCUAUCUCCAGCAGCGUCGAAAGAGGACGAACACUCAACAGAUUUGUGAACUGGCAAACUCAUUUACGAAAGAAGAUUUUUGUUUAAUAAAAAUGUGGUCACAGCGAA